UACAAGUUGAACCUGAUACACAAAUAUAACUUAAGAUAUUGAUGACCUCCGUAUAUUACAUGUAUGAUUUUGGUAUAAUGUACUCUUAGAAGGUAGACAACUGAUCCUGCUUUGGUCUUUGUGUUUUUAAAUCAUUCGGUUUAAGUAACCAACUGGUUUUUUAGCAAAAAAUAAAAAAAAGUAACCAACCGGUUUUGAUUAAAAAAAAAGAAGUAAUCAACCGGUUCUGUUUUUUCGUAAUCAUUCACUUUUUACAUACAAAUGACUAAUAUCCUUUUUGGUUGUAUACAAUAAAUAAAAUUAUCUAUUAUAAACCACAAGUUUAUCAUGUGAACAAUUACCAUAUUAAAAAUAUAUAUAUUGUAUGCAAAAUUUUCAAAUAUAUAUUACUAAACAUAUAAAUGAAAUUGUGUUUAAAAAAACAUACCCGCACGACCGUACAGAUUUAACUCUAGUUAAUAGUUAAUAUUAAAUACCAUCUCUUAGCAUUUGAACAAAAAAAAAAAAAAAUACCAUCUCUUAGCGGAGUUUUUUAAUUCACAUUUACUAUUAAAAAAAUUUAAGACACCCUGAAUGGAUCUCUAGGUAUGCUCUUGUAAAUAAGCACAUAUAACUCUCCAACUCUUUACCAAAGCUCCUCUUUAACAAAAAAGAUGGCGACUCUCUAUAAUCAAGUUCCUUCUCUAUCUGUAGUUUUCUCUCUCUACACCUAUUUUUCUGCAAUCACGAUGCUCUUUCGUACAAUCCUCAACGAGGUUGUUCCCGAGCGAAUCCGAGAAUACGUCUCUCUGAAAGUUGUGGACUUCACCUUUGUUAUCGAGGAACGGUGGGAGUUUGCUGAGAACCAGACUUUCCGUGCGCCUGAAGUUUACUUACCCACGCGUCUCGCCGGACUCUCCACCAGUGAACUCCUAGUGGGUUCGAGUGAUCUCAAGAACCCAGCGGCUGAGCCAAAACUUGGAAUCGCUGUGAAUAAAAAAAUCAUAGAUGAGUUUGAAGGGAUUCGCCUUGAGUGGACUCUUCACUCUGUUGAGACUAAGAAGUAUUGCCGGGAGAAACGGGUAGGCUCUGUUUAACUUAUACCUUUGACUCUCCUCUUUUUUUUUUUGAAUUAACCAUAGUGCCCUGCGACCAUAGCCCACGUACUAAUCUGUGGGCCCAGCAUGCCGACAUUUUUUUUGUUCUUACAGUGUUGGUUUGUGGAUGUUUUAAGGUACUUUCACUUGACAUGUAAGAAGGAAUUUCGUGAGAAGAUACAAACAAAUUACUUCACAUACUUGGCGAAAUCAGCAGAGAAGAUAAUGAAGCACCGAGAGGAUCUCGAGAUCUUCACAUACAACAAAAAAGAUUCUUGCCGCCAUUUUCGAGCACCACGCCACAUUCGAGACCCUAGCCAUUGAGCCAGAUCUCAAGACAACAUUGAUCUAAGAUCUUGACGCUUUCUCCAAAGGAAAAGACUUUUUCAAGAGCGUGGGACGUGCCUGGAAACGUGGAUAUCUUCUUUACGGUCCUCCGGGUACCGGAAAAUCCUCAAUUGUCGCUGCAAUCGCUAAUCACAUCAUGUGAGAUAUAAUAUCUAUGACCUCCAGUUUCAGAGCGUUAAAGACGAUGGUGAGUUGCGUGAGAUGGGCCUUAUGGAGGGAUGUAAUCCAUCUCCUACAAUACGAAAUAACAGGCCCAUCUCCUACAAGGCACAUCGAAUAACAGGUCCUAAUCCAGCAAGUCGGAUUAGUUUGGUCGGCUCGGCGGCUAAACACGUCAGCUCGACCUUAGAGUACUUUUAGACGGUCGAGUAAGCCAACCGAAAGUAUCCGGCUUGGAGGGAACUUUGUCCAGGCCCGCAUACUCGGCCUCUCGCAUCAAGGCCCAAAGAGGUACGAAAUUAGGGCAUCAAGGACAGAAAACCUAUAAAAAGAGGAGAACAAGCAACAAGAAAGGAGACUUUGGGAUUUUACACACUAAGCGGCUAGAUCUAGGGUUUUAGCGAUCUCUUUGAUCUUGUUGCUCUCUCACUUUCCUGUCACUCUUGUAACCCUUCAGUUCGAAUCUAAU